AUGGCAGGUUUCGAACUUUUAUUCCACAGAGCAAAGGGCCAAUCCACUCCUGAUGGUGGAGUGAAUGCUUUGGAGUAUCUGGGAUUAGCAGAUGAUGAUCAGAGUUUAGGGGAAUACAAUACACCAAAGAUGAAAAUGAUUUGCAUAGAUUAUGAAAUGCCGAGAAUGAACGGAUACGAGCUACUUAAGAAACUUAAGGAAUCACCACUUAUGGAGGAUGUGCCCGUUGCAGUUAUGGCAUCCGAUAACGAUCCUACCCUCGUUAAAAAGUGUAUAGAAGCAGGAGCUGUAAUGUUCAUCAGUAAGCCUGUGAAGGAGGUUGAUGUGGAGAAACUCAAGAAUUUGAUGAAAUGA